AUGGACACAAACAUGGAAGAUGUUGGCGCAAAGCCAGAACACCCUAUGACUGCGCCCUCCGACCCGCCCUCAAUCCCUACUCUCGACGGCUGGAUUGAGAGCUUGAUGGCCUGCAAGCAGCUGUCCGAGGCCGACGUCCAGAGGCUGUGCGAAAAAGCAAGAGAGGUUCUCCAGGACGAGUCCAACGUCCAGCCUGUCAAAUGUCCCGUCACCGUGUGCGGAGAUAUUCACGGCCAGUUCCACGAUCUGAUGGAGCUGUUCAAGAUUGGAGGCCCCAACCCUGACACCAACUACCUCUUCAUGGGCGAUUAUGUCGACCGUGGUUAUUUCUCUGUAGAGACCGUGACAUUGCUCGUCGCCUUGAAAAUUCGCUACCCACAACGCAUCACCAUUCUCCGUGGUAACCACGAGUCCCGUCAGAUCACCCAAGUCUACGGCUUCUACGACGAGUGCCUGCGCAAGUAUGGCAAUGCCAAUGUCUGGAAGUACUUCACCGAUCUCUUUGACUACCUACCCCUUACCGCCCUGAUUGACAACCAAAUCUUCUGUCUCCACGGUGGCCUGUCACCGAGCAUCGACACACUGGACAACAUUCGUGCGCUCGACAGAAUCCAAGAGGUGCCCCACGAGGGACCCAUGUGUGAUCUGCUUUGGAGUGACCCCGAUGACAGAUGCGGUUGGGGAAUCAGUCCCAGAGGUGCUGGUUACACUUUCGGCCAGGACAUCAGCGAGGCUUUCAACCACAACAACGGUCUGACGCUGGUCGCCCGAGCCCAUCAGCUGGUUAUGGAAGGCUACAACUGGAGUCAGGACAGAAAUGUCGUCACGAUAUUCUCGGCUCCCAAUUACUGUUACCGCUGCGGCAACCAAGCCGCGAUCAUGGAGAUUGACGAACAUCUGAAAUACACUUUCCUUCAAUUCGAUCCCUGCCCACGCGCUGGCGAGCCAAUGGUGUCUCGUCGCACGCCCGACUACUUCCUCUAG